AUGUCAAGAAGAUAUACACCUAACAUUAUUAUAACAGGUACACCUGGCUGUGGGAAAUCAUCGCAUUCUCUGAGUUUGGUUUCUCAACUCAAUCAAACCCUUGGUAAAGAAACGACAAUUGACUUUAAGCAUUUCAAUAUCAGUGAAGUAGCAAAGGAAAGAGAUUGCAUUGAAUCUUAUGAUGCCAAGUUAGAUACGUCGAUAGUAGACGAAGACAAAUUGUUAGACUCAUUAGAGCCUGAUUUGGAAAAAGGGGGUGUAGUUGUUGACUGGCAUUGUUGUGAUAUUUUUCCAGAAAGACUAAUUGAUUUGGUAAUUGUAUUGCGUACCGACAAUUCCAACUUGUUUGAUCGAUUGAAAACUAGAAAAUAUAAUGAUCUAAAAUUACAAGAAAACUUAGACUGUGAGAUCAUGGAGGUGAUAUUACAAGAAGCAAAGGAAAGCUAUAUUCCUGAUAUAGUGAUUGAGUUGCGCUCCGACACAGCUGAAGAAAUGGACGAAAAUGUUGAUCGAAUAAGCUCUUGGGUGGAAAAAUGGAUAGAGGACCAUCCAGAAGGGGUUAGCAAUGAAUUAAACAAGCAAUAUAACCCAGACAAUUCUUCUGACGAAGACGAAGACGACAGCCAUUCCGAUGAAUAUGAACUUGAAGAAGAGGAGCAAGAAGAGGAGGAGCAAGAAGAAGAGACCAAUGAAGAAAUGGAGCAUACAGAAGAUAUUGCACAAUAA